GGGGCGUGGCCAGGCGGCGGCGAAAGGAGCGCGGUCAGCUGACUUGGGCUCGCGGCACGGGCUCCGGCGGAAGGAGGGCGCGAGGGGACGCGCGAGGGACCCCGCGGCCUGAGGGAGUUGCCAUGGCGACCACCGUGAGCACUCAGCGCGGCCCGGUAUAUAUUGGUGAACUUCCUCAGGAUUUUCUUCGAAUUACCCCAACACAGCAGCAGCAACAAAUCCAAAUGGAUGCUCAGACAGCUCAACAAUUACAGUAUGGUGGAGCAAUGAGUACGGUUGGGAGACUGAAUGUCACAGUAGUGCAGGCAAAAUUAGCAAAGAACUAUGGUAUGACACGCAUGGAUCCAUACUGCAGAAUACGACUUGGCUAUGCUGUCUAUGAAACUCCUACAGCUCAUAAUGGAGCCAGAAAUCCUCGAUGGAACAAAUUUAUUCAAUGCACUGUUCCCCCUGGAGUGGAUUCUUUCUAUCUUGAAAUAUUUGAUGAGCGAGCCUUUUCUAUGGAUGAUCGCAUUGCUUGGACUCAUAUUACUAUUCCUGAAACAUUGAAACAAGGGAAAGUAGAUGAUAAAUGGUAUAGCCUGAGUGGAAAGCAGGGAGAUGACAAAGAAGGAAUGAUUAAUUUGGUUAUGUCAUAUGCGUCCUUUCCAGCCGCCAUGAUGAUGCAGCCCCAGCCAGUGGUCUUGAUGCCCACAGUAUAUCAGCAAGGAAUUGGAUAUGUGCCUAUAACGGGAAUGCCUGCUGUUUGUAACCCAGGUAUGGUGCCUAUGGCAGUUCCACCUCCUGCAGUCAACCCUCAGCAUGUCUGUAAUGAAGAGGAUCUGAAAGCUAUUCAAGACAUGUUCCCCAACAUGGGCAGAGAAGUAAUCCGUUCAGUACUAGAAGCCCAGAGAGGGAACAAGGAUGCUGCUAUCAAUUCCUUGCUUCAAAUUGCAGAAGAAUCAUAGAACCUUCUGCCCAUUCCCCAUAUUCACUGUUACCUUUUACUUUUGAUUUUGCCAAGCCAGGGAUUUAGGUAGCGGAAGAACUUCCUGAGAAAGUAUCUGGAGAGUUUUGGGGUUUUUUUUAAAUGUGGUGAUGGUGGUUGGGACACUUGCACAUAUGUUUCUACAUAUGAUCUAUGAAAACCUCAGCCCUUUUAAUGAAAUAUUAGUUCUAUGUUUGGCUGGAUUUCUGUGAGAGGCAGAGUUAGGGUUUCUUUGCUGCUGCUCCCUUUUUAUGUUUCUGGGAAACACACACUAGCAUAUACUUCCAGUGUUCAGCACUACGCAUUUUGUGGAUGAAAGCAGAAGGUGUCAGUAGUAGGUUGAUGGGUGACUGCUAUUCUAUAGCAUGUUAUUCAGAGAAGUAAUUUCUGCCUCAAUGUACACCUCUUUCUGUGAAACACAAGGGUAUUACACAGUACACUUGAGAUUAUUUAAUAAAUCUUGGACAGGGCAGCAAUUCAUAAUACUUUGAAAGACAGACAAUCCGGCUUUCUACUAACUUUUGCAGUCAUUCUUGUGAAAGUUCGCUUUUCUCGUCCUGUUUAUUGGGCACGAUUGCAAUAUAUUUGUUUGGUUCUUUGGGGAAAGAGCUAGUUGCUAUCAUGUGGGAUGUUGCUCUGCCUCUGAAAUCUAUAGUGGCUUUUUUCUCAGGAUAUAACAGCAUAUGUUCGAAGGUCAGAAUUGUGGCUUAAAUGUGCUCUUUUAUGUACCUCUAUUGGUCUUGCUUCUAUGUCUGUCAUCUGUUUAGAAAGAUGAAAACAGAUAUUACACAUUGGAAAACUUGACAACCUGAUUUAAUAUUCAUGCCUCCUAAUUAACAUCAUAAAAUGAUUUGAGAAGAAGCUGGCUUCAUUUUUUUCUUCUUGAGGCAAAAUUUAUUUUCAAGAUACAGCUUUUUAGUAGAAUAUAUACUGUAAUUCCUCACAUCACAAUUGACUUGACAACAUCAGAGUUCAAGCUUAGGAAACAAUUUAUUGUUCCAAAUGAGACAAACCAAACAAAAUACAAUCCCAAUCAAAAGAUGUGUAUUGUACAUACUCACUGUAUAUUGCUAACACCUUUAGAACCUUAGGACAUAAUACAUUUUGUAUCUCUUUAAUGCGUUUUUUAAUUCAUUUUUGGGCAGGGGAAAGCAAAGUAAUGCACUUUAAUAUGCACAUUUUCCUAUAAUGUGCAGUUUGGCAUUUUGAUGGUUUCAAACAUUUUGCAUACCUUGUAUAAUUAAUAACUGUACUUUGUCCUUCCUCGAGUGUUUGAACACAGUACAAACUUUUUCAUUGGCUGUGAAUUUAUUACUUUGAAAGGAAGUGCUCAUGUUUUUUUUCAUCUUUACUUAUUUUUUUGCUCCUUUCUCUGAAGAGUUUUUAAAAUAGUCUAUUAAAAAUUUUAGUCCACUAAAAUUACUUACUUUUAUCAUCUCCACACAAAUACUCCUGGCACAGCCAGCUAUGGUUAAAAUAUUUAUUUUUUUAAUAAUUAAAGUAUAGGUAAGAAAAUAAUUUUUAAAUAUUGUACCAAAAAGUGUGUGUUUUCCUUCUACCAUUUGUUACUUAAAAUGUCACUGCUGUUUUGGUUAGCAGACUUGCAAGUGUUAGUUCUUCUUUCUGCUCCCCUCUCCUUCUGUUUCUUUUUAAGUUCAUAGAUAACAGUACAUGUCAAUGUAUUUUAAAAAACAUACUCUAGAACACAGCAUAUGGCAUUCCAGUUAUUGUUGGAAUAUAAUUACCAUUGGUGAGCUGGCUAGGGCUGGCCAAAAUUGUAGUCCAAAGCCACCUGGGGGGCCAAAACCACCCAGAGUUUUAGUCCAAAACCAUCUGGAAAGCCAAAACCAUCUAGAAUUGUAGUCCAAAGCCAGCUGUUCCAGAACCAAUCCAUGUUCACCAGAAUAUUAGCUUGGUUUCUUUUUCAUACCUUACAGCACUACAAAAUAGAUAUGUUAAUUAAUAUCAGACAUUUGUCGUUAACAUCAUAGAACAGUCAAUUCCUGUGAUAUAUGUGAAUGAGAUCUUGAUGUGUAAUGUGGCUCUGAAGUGGAAAAAAAACUAGGAUAGCAAUUCGGCCUUUGGAAAAUGAUAGGACAUGGUGGAUUAAAAUGAGCUCCAUUACACACACAGUUCUAAACAUUUGAGUUUAUUCUGAAGUAACCAGCAGACAUGAUUUUGGCAGCUUUCUCAUAGUUUAAAAAUAGUAUUGAAUUAUGUACAUGAUUCUUUAGGAGCUGACUUAUGAACAUGUUUACUGAUAACAAGUGUAUUCCCCUGGCAACAGCAUCCCAAAGCAGUGUUUGGCUCAGAAUGUUCAGCUGGUGGAAAGCACAGCAUGUGAUUUUCUUUUUUAACUGAAAUAGCUCCUAGCAUCACUUGCCUCUGUUCUGGCUGGACCAUCAACUUCCUCAAGCAUAUUUUUUAGGAAGCUUGGACAGAUAAAAAAUCUUCUAAUAAAGGAAGGAGCCCUUAUGUUCACAGGAGGUUAAGUUGGAUCCAACCCACUGAAAACAGUCGAGGAUGCACUUUCAUGUAAAAUAGAAAUGGGAAAGGUAAAACUAAAAUUUCCCAAAGGUCCCAGCAAUUCAGAGCUUGUAGAAAGCCCUGGAAGCUUUAAUAGUGGUUCUUUGUUUGUGUAUGUUAAAACUAAAAGAAUCAUCAUAGAUUAUUGGGAGCUACUAGGAUAUAAAAUACUUUGCUGUUACUAUUAUUCCACUAUUAGUGGGGGUUUUUCUUGUCAUAAUGGCAAUACACCAUUGAUGUAAAAUUAAUAUUCAGCCUUUUCUGAUUAUUGUAUAUGUGUCAUUAAAAAUAAAAAGAGGUAAUUGCAAGCAUGA